AUGACGACCAAUCCUAAUCUGGACUCCGCUCCGUGUUUCACCCAUGAGGAUGUAGAGUGGGAACUUCCUCCACCCAGCAGAUCAGAUGUGAAGCCCCAGUAUGUUCAUCGUCUGACCCCAAACCCUCCGCCUGAGAUCAGCCGCUCCGCUCCCAACCACAAAACUGUGAAACAGAGGUGUGUGAAGUUCACUGUGGCUGCUGUCAUCUCUCUGCUGCUCCUUCUGCUGGUCACUGGAGUCCUCCUGGCUUAUUACUUUUCCUCGUCGUGUGUGCACGGGUUACAGUGUGGUGAUGGGAGCUGUGUGUGGGAGGCUCAGUGGUGUGAUGGAGUGAGGGACUGUCCGGCUGGUCAGGAUGAAGCCGACUGUGUGAGGCUGCACGGCUCCGGCUUCCUCCUGCAGAUUUACUCGCCUCAGACGAAAACCUGGAGGUCCGUCUGUUCUCACGGCUGGAGCGACCUGCAGGGCAGAGCGAGCUGUCGGACCAUUGGAUACAGCAGGGGCACAUAUUUGAAAUCAGGACAACAGAAGACAGAUUCUGAUGAUGGAUUUUUAAAAGUGAAACCUGAUUUCCACCCAGAGGUGUUCAUACUCCGACAGCUUGAGCACAGCGACUCCUGUCCCAGCAACAGUGUAGUAACUUUGCGUUGCACUGACUGUGGGAGCAGGGUGAACUCCAGCGGGGUCUCUGGGGGCCAGCAGGCCACCCUUGGGUCCUGGCCCUGGCAGGUCAGCCUGCAGGUCUCCGGCUCCCACCGCUGUGGAGGAGCCAUCAUCUCCCCCUACUGGAUAGUGACAGCAGCACACUGUGUGUCCAGGAGCUCCAGUCCCACAGACUGGGCUGUGUACGCUGGAGUAGUGGCUCCAUUAGGCUCCCUGUUUAACCCUGCUCGCUCUGUGAGUCGCAUCAUCGCUCAUGAGGGCUACAGCCGCCUCCCUCGCAGGAAUGACGUGGCUCUGAUGAGGCUCACAGAAGCUCUGGACAUCUCAGGUUCCAGUAACAUCAGUCCUGUUUGUCUCCCAAAUGUUGGCGUGAACGUCUCUGCUCCUCAGAGCGCCUGGAUAACACGGUUUGGUCGCACAGCAGAUGGAGACUCUCCACAGCUGAUGGAGGCUCAGGUCUCCCUCAUAGGAACUGCAGAGUGCAACAGCUCCGUCGCCUAUAAUGGCAGAUUAUCACCGGACAUGUUAUGUGCCAGAGAGACGGACGGAGGAGCGGACAUGUGCCACACUGACAGUGGCGGUCCUCUGGUGGCCCUGAGAGACGGGCUAUGGUGGCUCCUAGGGGACAGUAAUUGGGGGGAGCACUGCACUGAGAGGAACAAACCAGGGGUUUACGGCAAUGUCACCUAUUUUCUGGACUGGAUCUAUCGUCAGAUGAAGAAGCAUCAAGACGACUGAUGACAGCACCAGAGAUGAGCAGAGAUGUUUGUGUGCAGACACAUUUUUUCUUUAUUAGGCCCAUUUAUCACAAACAUAACUUAUUUCCUUCUUUAUUUUUCUGCUGUGUCUACAAAAUGUAGAUGCAGACUUAGUUUUAGAUCAAUUAUUGUAAUACUCUCCAUGUUUGUAUAUUAAUGUGAAAUAUAUGUUGUCUUUCAGUCUUUUAUAAAUAUGAUUGUCGUGAAUGUUGCAGUUUGAGCCAAUAAAUGAUACCGUGCCUCAA